UUUCUCCACACAACCGCAGGAAACCUCCCAGAUUCUCAGAGUCCUACAGCAUUCCUCGUUUGGCCAUUGGCAUCACUAGCUAGUAUUCAUUCUCUACCCUCAUGGCAAGCACUGGAGAGAACAAAUCACGAAACCCCACACAAGGAAAAGCUAAAAUCCUGGCGCUUGGCAAAGCCUUCCCUCACCAACUAGUCAUGCAGGAUUUCCUCGUAGAUGGCUAUUUCAAGAACACAAAAUGCGAUGACCCUGAGCUCAAGCAGAGGCUGACUCGACUUUGCAAGACAACCACAGUCAAAACAAGAUACGUGGUCAUGUCCGAGGAGAUCUUGAGGAACUACCCGGAACUGGCAGCGGAAGGCCUCCCCACGGUGAAGCAACGCUUGGAGAUAUCCAACAAGGCGGUCACGCAAAUGGCCGUGGAAGCCUCACUGUCGUGCAUCAAGGCACUUGGGAGGCCCCUCUCCGCCGUCACCCACCUGGUCAACGUCUCGUCCAGCGAGGCCCGCUUCCCCGGAGGUGACCUCCACCUCGCCCUCGGCCUCGGGCUCAGCCCCGACGUCCGUCGCAUCAUGCUCUCCUUCACCGGUUUCGGAGGUGUCGCCGGCCUCCGCGUCGCCAAGGACUUAGCCGAGAACAACCCCGGCAGCCGCGUGCUGCUAGCCACAUCCGAGACCACCAUCGUGGGGUUUCGACCCCCGAGCGCCAGCCGGCCCUACGACCUGGUCGGCGCCGCGCUUUUUGGCGACGGAGCAGGGGCUGCGAUCCUCGGCGUCGAUCCGUACCCGGGCGUCGAGACUGCCUUGUUCGAAUUGCAUUCUGCGGCCCAGCAGUACCUCCCGGGCACCGAGAAGACCAUCGACGGGCGGCUUACCGAGGAGGGGAUAAAUUUUCGUCUAGGAAGGGAGCUCCCACAGGUCAUUGAGGACCACGUUGAGGCGUUCUGCAAGAAGUUGAUGAGAGAAGGUAGGGAAGGAGGUGAGGAUGCCGAGAACAAUGAGAUGUUUUGGGCGGUUCAUCCCGGUGGGCCGGCGAUAUUGAGCAAGGUGGAGAGUAGGCUGGAGUUGUGGCCUGAUAAGUUGAAUGCCAGCAGGAAGGCAUUGAGGGAUUAUGGAAAUGCCAGCAGCAACACUAUCGUGUAUGUCUUGAACUACAUGGUGGAGGAGAGCAGGAAGAGAAGGGAGAAGGGAGAGAAGGAUUGCGAGUGGGGUCUUAUACGCUUUGGGCCUGGUGUUACCUUCGAGGGGAUUCUGGCAAGGAACUUGGUGGCUUGA